GCUGCUGCUGCUGCUCUUCCUCCCCGGCCGCAGCCUCCCUCCAGGCCCCUGGUGCGGGUCCCUGGGGCGCUGGGCCGCGCGCCCGCCCUCCCCGUGCGCAGAGCCAGGGGCGGCCGAGGCCAGGGCUGGGGGCGCCGGACGCCCUGAAGAUGGAGGAGCCUCAGCGCUCCCGCUCGCACACGGUCACCACCACCGCCAGCUCCUUCACCGAAAACUUCUCCACCAGCAGCAGCAGCUUCGCCUACGACAAGGAGUUCCUGCGCACCCUGCCCGGGAUCCUCAUCGUGGCCGAGAUCGUUUUUGGUCUGCUUGUGUGGACACUGAUUGCUGGAACAGAGUAUUUCCGGGUCCCUGCCUUUGGUUGGGUGAUGUUCGUUGCAGUAUUUUAUUGGGUCCUCACAGUCUUCUUCUUAAUCAUCUACAUGACCAUGACCUACACCCGGAUUCCCCAGGUGCCAUGGACCACAGUGGGCCUCUGCUUUAAUGGAAGUGCCUUUGUUUUAUACCUCAUCGCGGCCAUCGUAGAUGCCUCCUCGGUGACCAAAGAGAGGGACAGCCACAAUUACAACAGCUGGGCCGCCUCAUCGCAUUUAUUAGGUGACUGCUGUCUACAAGGAGAGAGAGAGUGUGGUAGAGUGGAUAGAGAGAUGGCCUCAGAGUCAGGAAGCCAUCUGACAUCCUGGCUGAGUGACCUCUUAGUACCCCCAGGCUGCACAAAAGUUAUAAGCUACAGACAAGUUCUUUGCCUUUGUGGUCACAAUCUGCUAUGCUGGGAACACGUAUUUCAGCUUUCUGUCAUGGAGAUCCAGGACCGUUCAGUGAUGGCCAUUUCGACAAUGACAUUAAUGGAAAGAACGUUGUGUAAACGCCGCAUGGGUGGGCUGUACAUUUCCAGAGAACUGUGUUUUGGGCAUGUUUUUGUACACUUAAGUUCCAUUGUGGUCACUAUGGUGAGUUGCAAGUAAAAUGGAUACUUGUUUACAAAACACUAUAAAUCCUUAGGACAAAACCUUUUCAGUACAUUGUUCCAAACUUCGUAAAUACUAUUUUUCCUAGACAAUAAGUAACAGAGUUUGCUAAUGUUAAGAACGUAUCCAGUUUGUAAACCUAACCUUUGAAAUGCCGACUUUUUUUUGAUUAAAUGUUUGAAAA